AUAUGACGUCAUUUACGAACGCUACUGAAGAUAAACAAUCAUGGCGGACGCUGAAACUGCCCCUUCGGUGUAUUUUGCAAUAAGCAACAUUCCCGUCGCGUUUCGCUCAGCGGACCUGAGGAAUUAUUUCAGUCAGUUCAUAGAAAGCGGCGGUUUUCAUUGUUUUCACUACCGACACAGGCCGGAGGUUCUCCGGGAGUCCGGAGCGCCUGAGAACUCGGUGUCCGGAGAUGGCUCGGAGCCCCGUUCCUCAUCUUCGGAGUCCGCUGAGCUAACAAAGAUCACAGCCGAGUCAAAGCCGGCGGUGAGGUCGUGCUGCUGCGUCGUCUCAGUUCGCGCUAAGGACGCUGAGAGGUUCGUGAGGAUGUAUGCGGGGAACCACUGGAUCGACGCGAAGGGAAACUGGCUGGCAAGACGAUGUGUUAUCAAGAGAGUCAAAGUUUCCUAUGACAAAGAUGACGGAUCUUUCCCCUAUAAAACAAAGUAUGAACAGCGGCACCGUGUUUCCUUAACGGAGCGAUUCACAGAGGCCGACCUCAGAAGCCUCUCCGAACUUAAUCCACCUGCUCUGAUGCAGAACGGGAAUGUGGGCACACCCGUAAAAGUGUUUCUCCAGCUCAUCCAAGCCUGCCGCCUGCCUCCACGCCUCAUUCGGAAACUGGGGCUCACUUUCCCCAAGACGAGUUCCAACCGUCGCUAUGGGAACGUGCCCUUCCAGUACCAUGACACUUGCACACUUCCAGCCACAGAACAGACUGUAUUAACAGCUGCUGGACAUGAAAUAUCAGGACCAGGUACUUUGCCUGGUUCAUCCUUAGGAUCGAGGCAGCUGGAUGAUAACACAGAAACCACUGAGGCUGAUGAAGCACAGAAAGAAGACGCAGAGGAAGAGGAUGCACAGUCGAAUGCUGAUGAUGAUGAUGACUGCUGUGAGGAGUGGGAACGCCACGAGGCUUUGCAUGAGGAUGUAACAAGCCAGGAGCGAACCAAAGAGAGACUGUUUGAAGAAGAGAUUGAGCUGAAGUGGGAAAAAGGAGGCUCAGGUCUGGUGUUCUACACUGAUGCUCAGUACUGGCAAGAGGAAGAAGGAGACUUUGAUGAACAAACUGCCGAUGACUGGGAUGUUGACAUGAGUGUUUACUAUGAUAAAGAUGGAGGUGACAUGGAUGCUCGAGAUUACGUCACAAUGCGGUAUGAAAAGAGGCUUAGGGAGGGUCAUGAAGAUGGAUCGGGGCACAAUCAGUCUAUUGGCCGCUUUGAGAGGUUCACUAAGGGCUUUGGGCGUCGUGUGAUGGAGAAACAGGGCUGGAGGGAAGGUGAAGGCCUGGGAAACAGCCAGAUUGGAAUUUCUGAAGCACUUGAAAAUGAGGGGCAACAUCCCAACUGUAAAAGAGGCUUUGGGUAUCAUGGAGAGAAAUUGGUCUUACAUCCUGUAAAAAAGGCCAGAACAGAUUAUCAUAUAACUACAGUGUAUGAUAAACCCAAAGACAUAGACAGAGGCGAUACCUUGCUGAGACGGCAGCCGAACACAAGUAUGAAGUACAGAGGGUGGCAACCAGGUGGCAGCAUUGGCCCACAAAGAUCACAAAGAUGACUUUAAUAAAAUUUUAUUGAAACCAUUUUAA